AUGACAGAACAGGUGACAAAAAUGGUGAUCAAGUUUGACCUUGAAUGUGAGAAAUGCCACAAGAAAAUCAAGAAAGUACUGUGUAAAAUCCCUGAAAUUCAAAGCCAAACGUAUGACCAGAAGGCAAACACAGUGACAAUAACUGUGGUGUCUUGCUUUCCUGAAAAGAUCAAGAAAAAGAUACGCUGCAAAGGAGGUGAAGCUAUCAAAUGCAUUUAUAUUGAGAAGCAGCCAGAGGAAUCCCCACCUCCUGAAACAACUCCACCGACAACCCCAUCUACUGAACCGGUUACAGGGCACCCAGGUUUGAUGGAGGUCCAUGUUAUCAUGGCUGUGGUAGGCCAACACCCCAAUGUUAUGGAAGCUGGGGUGGUGGUAGUUGUAGCUGCCGAAGCAGGGGUUACUAUGUGUGUAGAUGUGAAUAUGUUUGUGAAAAUGAUCCCUGCACAAUCAUGUAAAGGGAAAGGGAAAGCUUGGAAUAGCUAA